AUGAGGAGAAACAAUAAUGAAAACAUUUUUAACCCAGAUGCUGAAAGAGAAACUUCAGCAAGAAUUUUAAAAUCAUUAACUGGGGGACCCAAAUGGUAUAAAUUCAAAAAACAGAAUGCAUUAGCUGUUCAACGCCAUUUUGGUAAACCACAUCUAUUUAUUACAUUUACAUGCAAUCCAAAAUGGCCAGAAAUAAUAAAUUCAUUACCAGAAGGAUUCAAAUCAACAGGUAGGCCGGACAUUGUUAUUAGAGUAUUUUCAUUAAAACUUAUGGAAUUAAUAACAAUGUUACGGCAUGGUCUUUUUGGAGAAGAAGAAUAUUUAUUCUAUUCUGUUGAAGUACAAAAAAGAGGUCUUCCUCAUGCUCAUAUUCUUCUUCGUAUAAAAGAAUUUGAAAAAAACACUUCAACAAUUGACAAAAUUAUUUAUGCUGAAAUAUCUGAUUCUAAGCAUGAUAAAGCUUUAUACGAUAUUGCUGUUAAGAACAUGCUUCAUCAAAAUUGUAAUGAAAUGAAAGAAAAAUCUACACGUUGGAAUUUGUCAAAAAAUAAAUGUUCAAAAAAUUUUCCAAAAAAAUUUGUAAAAGAGACAUAUAUAGAUAAAAUAAGUGGAAAAGUCCAUUAUAAAAGAAGAGAUAAUAGAAAUGAAAAUAUUAUUUUAUUAGAUAAUAGAAAAAUUGACAACAGUUAUGUUGUGCCAUAUAAUCCAACUCUAUUAAGAUAUUUUAAUGCACAUAUAAAUGUAGAAAUUGUUAAUCAAGUUUUAGCUGUUUCUUAUUUAUUCAAAUAUUUUGUAAAAGAUGGAGAAACAAAUAAAGUAAAUGUAGAAAUGCUGUAUAAUGAUAAUAACAAGGAUGAAGUAUCAGCAUAUCAAAAAGUAAGAUGUGUUGGACCAACUGAUGCAACAUGGAAAAUAUUUGAAUAUCCAAUUGUAUGCAAUACUGUAACUGUUGAAGUUUUGUAUAUUCAUGAAAAACCUAAAAAUGAAAAUAGUAGAAUAUAUUUAAAUUAUUUAAAUGAGGAUAAUGAUUUUUUAUAUGGUGCUGAUAUUAAUAAUGAUACUGAUGCCUUAAUUCAUCUAAUGACAGUGUAG